UGGCAAGAAAGGGAAAGAAGAAGCACAGUUUGUAAAUAUAGAUUUUCUCUGCGAAUUUUGCUGGAAACUCCUUCACCAUGUCGGAUGCCCACUUGGAAGCACCGCCCUCGGUGCGACUGACAAACGAUGACUUCCGCAAGCUGUUGGCCACGCCCCGCGCUCCGCCUCCUGGCUCUGGGACAACCAGCACUUCCGGCGGAGGAUCCCUGGCCACGGCCACCUUUGCCACGCCCACCACCGCCCCCGGCUCGACAGGAUCGAGCGGGGAAAAGAAGAAGGGCCAGAGCAGCAGCGAGCGGAACGAUCUGCGGCAAAAGAAGAACUUCUAUGCGGCACUCAAGAAACAGGAGGAUGUGAAGCUGCUGGAACUAUCGGAGAAAUACAGGGACCGCGCACGAGAACGUCGCGAUGGCGCCAAUCCGGAUUACGUGAACGUGAGCACGCCUGGCCACGGAAGCAGCACCAAUGCCUACCGAGCCGUAGCUCCGGAUAUGAAAUCCGGAAUCGACGCCCAGGAGCGAAGGAGACGUAUCAUUCAGGAGUCCAAGUUCUUGGGCGGUGACAUACAGCAUACGCAUUUGGUGAAGGGUCUCGAUUACGCCCUUCUACAGAAAGUGCGCUCCGAGCUGCACUCAAAGGAGGCGGAGGAGGAGGAGAUAGCCGCCGCCGUGGCCAGAGAAAAGCUAGCCGAAGCAGCUGCCGCCGCCGAGCAAUUGGAAGCAGAACGUCGGGAGUCGGAGGACAUCAAUGCCAUCAACGGUGCACUGGCCCGCAAUAUUUACAACCUGGUCCAGGCACGGCGAUCCAAAGAAGUUCCCCGCAAUGAACUCUUUGCGCCAGGACGGAUGGCCUACGUUAUCGAUCUGGAUGAUGAGCUGGGUGAAUCGGAUAUUCCGACAACACUGAAGCGCUCCAAGUUCGAGGUGCCUGUUGCACGGGAAGAUGUGGCCACGCUGACCACCAAUGACAUUGUGAUCAACAAGCUGUCGCAAAUCCUGAGCUAUCUACGAGCCGGUGGUCGCAACAAGAAGAACAAGAAGCGUGACAAGGACAAGCCGCUUUUCUACGAGAAGGAGGUGGAGAACCUUCGGGGAUCGUCCAGCAGCGGUGGCACCAGUCGGCACGCCACCUCCACUUCUACCAACAAGGAAGGUAAGCCUGCUCCCGUGGGUGAUAGCAUCUACGACGAUGUUGGUGAUUAUCAACCCACUACCACGCGAGGGGAACGAAAUCGCCAAGAGCCUGGAAAACCAGCUGCCUCCUACUUUGGCGAUGGUCCUCCCGAGGCGGCCGAAGAGCCCCUAAUUUCCAGCAUUCCCCCACCUCCCAAGAUAUCGAAGGCCAUGGCUUCACGCUUUGCCGAACCCGAGGGCUAUGCCGAGUGCUAUCCGGGACUGGAGGAGAUGAACGAUGCCAUCGACGACUCCGACGAUGAGGUGGAUUACACCAAGAUGGAUCUGGGCAAUAAGAAGGGUCCCAUUGGUCGCUGGGACUUUGACACGCAGGAGGAAUACUCUGACUACAUGAGCACCAAGGAGGCGCUACCCAAAGCCGCCUUCCAAUAUGGUAAGAUGCAGGACGGUCGGAAAACGCGCAAGAACAAGACGGAGAAAAACGAGAAGGCCGAGCUGGACAGGGAGUGGCAGAAGAUCCAGACAAUCAUUCAAAAGCGAAAACUGCCUAAGGAUGGGGGAGGUGGCGGCGGUGGUGGCGAUGAACCCGAUUACAAAUCAGCAAAGUACUAGACAGUUUUUAAACAUUAUUCUAUAUUUGUAAUGUAAUUCUGUAAAACAUUAAAUAUAAGUAUGCGCGUACUUGUA